AUGCCCUACCUACCCACCUCCCAGGCCUACCUGGAACAGUCAGCGCAGUUAUUACAAGCGUACCCAGACACAGUAAGCACCAUAACUCCCCAUCCCACUCCGCCAUCAUACUAUCCUCCACACCUCGUGCUUCCCCCACAGCGGGCAACAAUGAACACCGAUCUCCCAACCACAAACUCAAAUCUAAAUUCCCCAACUAACAACCCCCCGACCCGGAUAGUAACAAAAUACUCCUUCCCCACAAACCGCCGAGGCAACCUUCGCCGAUCCCACAAAUCUCAAAUCCGAAAAGAAGCCAAAGCCAAAGCCACCGAUGGUCCAUCCACCACACCCGCACACCCAUCCGCCGCAACCGCAACCCUCACUCUGAAAACAUUCAAUCCAACCACCGGAAUCUGUCUGCACUACCGCACAAACAAGCUGCAGGAAGUCGGGCGCCUGAUGACGAGUCUUGGCAAGCUGGCUGCCGGUGCCGAUGUAGCGGCUUUGGGGUUAUCGGCUGCGGUGCCUGCUGCCGGCGCGGAUGUAGAGAUGGUUGAUGCUCCUGCUGAGGAGGUUGCGACGCCGGCUGCUACUAAGGCGCAGGGACAGGGGCAGAAUGCGAAGGGGAAGAAGAAGGGUGGGAAGGGGAAGCGCUAA